GGCUUCAAGAAGUCCAGUGGACCCUUGGGGGAGAUGGUGCCAGGAAAGAGAUGGUGGAACAUGCCUGAUCACAGCGAGGUGGCGAUAGCCACACCUUGCCCAUGCAUGCUGGGAGCAUAUACGGGCUUGCAGCCGGAGCUCCACGACAAACUCACAGAGGCCUUGGCCGCGGAGACCGGGCAGCCGGAUGAUGGGUGGAAAAGUUCCGUGGACGAUCGCUACACCAUUGGCGUGCCAAAGGUGCCAGAAUGGCAGUCAGCGCCUGGAGGCCUCCGCCUAGGCCACACCGGAGCUGCAUUGGCAAUACUGGCUGGGGGCCAAAGUUCGCCUUCGAUGUCCAGACAGUCCAUGCCUGG